AUGCGCUGGCGCUUGCGUUGGGAGGCGACUGCCGUAUAGACAGGUUGGACGGGAGAGCGCUGUGUGCCGGCAGCGGCGUCUGGGAUUAUUAUUAUCAUCACCACCGCUCUGUAUUCCUACUGAGGGAUAAUACCGGAGAUUGCAGGGUCACAAGCGAAGCUGUGCAGCAUGCCUUUGAACGCUAAUUUCCCGAGCCGAAAUUACGAUCUGGAGUAUGACACCAUGCAGCCCUUCUUCUACUAUGAAGAGGAUGAGAAUUUUUACCAGCAGCAGUACAACAGUCUGCAGCCUCCAGCUCCUAGUGAGGACAUCUGGAAGAAGUUUGAGCUCUUGCCUACCCCACCACGGUCCCCCAGCCGUAGGUCCAGCCUGUCCAGCCUCUUUCCUUCUACCGAUAAGCUGGAGUUGGUCACAGAGUUCCUGGGAGGGGAUAUGGUGAAUCAAAGCUUCAUCUGUGAUCAGGAUGACGAGGCGUUUGUAAAGUCCAUCAUCAUCCAGGACUGUAUGUGGAGCGGCUUCUCUGCAGCAGCCAAGCUGGAGAAAGUGGUGUCGGAAAAGCUGGCAUCUUACCAGGCUUCUAGGAAGGAGAACGCAGUGUCCUCCCAAGCCCCAAACCAACAGCAGCAAUGCCCACAAAAGUCCCAUUCCUGCCAGGCUAACCUCAGCCCCAUAGGAACCAGUAGGACCAGCACUGGUUACUUGCAGGAUCCAAGUACUGAUUGUAUAGACCCGUCGGUGGUCUUUCCUUACCCGUUGAAUGAUACAAUUUCCAAAGUUGACUCUCACUGCAUGGAGCAGGAGAUAAUUCUGGAUACACCACCCAUAAGCAGCAACAGCAGCAGCUCAGAAUCUGAAGAGGAGCAGGAUGAUGAAGACGAUGAGGACGAGGAGGAGGAAGAGGAGAUAGAUGUUGUCACUGUAGAAAAGCGGUACCCAGCAUCCAAGAGGAACGAAUCUUACUCCCACCAGUCCCGAUCUCAUCACAGUCCGUUAGUCAUGAAAAGGUGUCACGUCCCCAUUCACCAACACAACUAUGCAGCGUCCCCGUCCACAAGAAUGGACUCUCCCUCUUCCAAGAGAGCCAAGCUGGAAAGCAACGGCAGAGUUCUCAAACAGCUCAGCAACAACCGCAAGUGUUCCAGCCCACGGUCGUCAGACAGCGAGGAGAAUGACAAGAGGCGAACGCACAACGUUCUUGAGCGUCAGAGGCGGAAUGAACUGAAAAUGAGCUUUUUCACUCUUAGAGACCAGAUACCAGAGGUAACCAAUAAUGAAAAAGCUCCCAAAGUAGUUAUCCUCAAAAAGGCGACAGAGUACGUCAUCUCCAUGCAGGAGGAUGAGAGGCGGCUCAUACGGGAAACCGAACAAUUAAAACUCAAAAGAGAACAGUUAAAACAGAAGCUUAACCAGCUAAAAAACUUGAGUUUUUGAGUUUCUACGAACGUAAACCAUAGACUUACGAGACUGUGACAGUCUAUUUCAAGGUUGUCUUGAAUCCUACAAAAAUUUGUAGAGUAUUGACAAAAUGCAUGCAAAAGGAUGGAAACUACACAACCUUGGCUAGAUCUUCAACAGAUUUUGCCAGCACCUUAAUACUGCCUCAAUAUAUGAAUGGGUAUACGGGAUAAAUGGAACUUUUUUGUUUAUUUGCCUGGGGAUGCAAAUUUUGUUUGUUUUUACAUAUCUUUGUAUUUAAAACCUUUAUUUUUCUUAUAAACAGAUUCCUGAAGUUUGCCUCUGAAUAGUUUAAAAAAAAAUAUAUACAUCCUUGCUGACGUGUAUAAUAUCCUUAACAAAAUCUUUAUAGAAAUACUUGUAUUAAUAUUCACUGCUAACAACUGGCGAGCGAAAGCAAAGUCUGAACAUCUUCUUUCAUGCCGUUAUGCCUUUGAUUAAACUUUUUUGGUAUUGUUAAUAUUUAAAUAUUAUCUUAUGAAAGUUGUCCUCUGUUCAUAUUUCUGUAUUGGAUAUGACCUUGCAAAUUCUGAAGAGCUGAUGAAGACGCUGACCAACAUGUAAAUUCUAAAUGAUUUCAUGCGAUGCCAACUUCCCUUCCUCCAAAGAUGGCCUUGUAAAUGAGCAGGGGGGGGGGGGGGGGAGGAGACACUAAGGGGGGGAAGAGGCUAACAAUUGUGUUUUCUCUAUAUGGAUUUCUCUUAAUGAUAUUAUAACAUGUUGGUGGUCAAAAAAAAUUCAUCAAUGUUUCUUAACAAGGCUUGUUUGCUUAAAUUAAACUAUGUUGGGCUGAGCCCAGACUGAUAUAGUAGCCUUUAUGUGGCAAGCUGUUUAGAAUGAGCUUCAGAAAAUAAUAAAAAAAAAAGUUGAAAGCA